AUGGGCCCCGGGGAAGGACUGUUUCGGAGGAGAAGGACCCGCCUUGAACCCGGCUGGGAGCAUCGGUGGACGGAUACGCCGUACCGAACAAAGACAAAGGCCCCUGCUCCUGCUCCUCGGCCCGACCGGCCCGUCCAGGUCCAUCAACAGCCUCCGCCCACAGCAGAGAGUCCGCUGCCCGCACUUCCGCCUCUGAUAUCCACCCCAAGCAACCCGACAGGUUUCCAAGGCGGUUCCCGGUGGACUUGGUCCCCUUGGUCGCCCCCUGGACUGAGCUUCUUAUCAUCGCCAGAAUCCCCUGAGACAUCAGGAUCUUCCAGCACGCUCACUACACGGUUGGGACCAAAAGGCAAUCUGAACAACGCCAUUAUCAUGGCCCCCCUGACAGCGUACUGGCUGCCAGAGGUCCUGAUUCAGCGCACCUGGAGACAAGAUGAGAUUAAAGACAUUGCUAAAGACUUGCCCGACCCAACUAAGGAUGCAGUUCAGUUCAGCGAGCAGAUGACCCGUCUUGUGCGUCAAUACAAACCCUCUGCCGCUGAAAUACGGCACAUUAUGCGAUGCAAAUUAAAGCUUCGCUGGGAGGACAUCGAAGAUACUUUUGACGAAAAUCUGACGUGGAAACCGGCAGGGGAUGGAGAAUAUCAACCGCAGUUUGAACAGUUGCUGGACAGAUUGAAAUGACAAUACCCUGCUAAGACCGAUUGGGAUGCUAUACAUAGAGCACACAGCACUCCAAAGAGUCUCUAGAGGAAUAUAGACAAAGAUUGGAGACGUGCUUUCGCAAACACAGCGGACUCCGACCAGGCACCGAUGAAUACAACAGUCUUUUAAAAGCAGCCAUAAUAAACUGACUCGUACCUGCCCUGAAUAAACAGGUAAG